AACCUACAAACCUACAAACCAACUUCAGUGAACAAGAUGAUAUUGCUGCAGAGCAUCAAUGGUUCCCCGCCAUAUAAUGUCAUAUGCAGAGGAAGGAAGUGUGAGCAGCGGGAGGAGAGAAUUGGUGUAAAGCCAUUUAGUGUAUGUCUGUUUGUAACCACGACAACAAUGUUAACUGGUUACAAACAGGAAGAUGCCUAAGGUAACAGUGUUGCUGUUAGUCCUGUGUGGGGUCCGAUGGAUGGAGGCUGACAAUGUUUGUACGGAGUACUGUAAAGAAAGCAUCAUGUUCUUUCCCUGUACUGGAUGUUUGUUACCCAUUAACCCCUAUGGCUUCUUUGGACGAAAUGCCACCUUAAACUGCACCCUGUUGGAUGCCAACAGCUCUUCCAGUGACUUGUACUUUACAUGGAAAAGUGACGAGUUGCUGCCAGCUGAAUACCAGACUGUUAUUUCACCAUCUACUAUGCAGCUGAAUAUGCCUGUCCUCGACAAUGACAAAUUUGUAGGCGCUCUGAUGAUACAGUGCCUCAAAAAUGACAGCAAAACAGAAAUAACAAAUAUAGGCAUCCAGCUUCUCACAGUUGAUUACCCUCCACAUGUGUCAAACCUGAGUGCUGUUUGUUUUAACUGGAAGUCACUGGAGUUUACAUGGGAAGAGCAGUACAAACAUGAGAAUCAUGUCAAUGUGUCUGCCAUCUGGACGUCCCGGGGAGCUAACAGCUGGUUCUAUUGUAAUGGCAGCAGGAGUACAUCGUGUGUCAUCGACAGUAUCCACAGCAGCGAGUACAGCAUCAACAUCACUGUGACUAACACUGUGGUGGGAGAGACAUUCAGGAAAUCACUGACCGUCAGACCAGAUGAAUUGGUGAAACCAGCCGCUGUCACCUCUCUGAGGGUGUCCCACUGGACGAGUUGCUGUGUGACACUUGCUUGGACGCAUGGCCAGCUGGGGAUGAAGACGAUGAUAUUCAGGGCAGUAGCAGUGAAGGAUGGAUCUGAGUUACACAGUACGGUGACAGGCAACACAACAACCCUGUGUGAUCUGAAGCCAGACACCCACUACACAUUCCUCGUCUCAGUCAAGCCAACUGUUGGAGGCUUCUGGAGCAACACUCAGUCCAUCAAUCAGACCACACACGAGGAUGUCCCCUCAUUUGGUGCCAAUCUCACUGGAGGGAACUACUUGUCACGGAGAUGCAGCAGCAACAACCUGAGAAGCAUCUACAUUUAUCUGAAGCCCCCGGACAAGCAGCACCAGAAUGGUCGCUUGACUUUCUUCACAGCAUCAGCCGUACCAUCUGAUGGCAGUAGCAGCAUCACCAAGCCCAACCUCCCUAUAUCAUCCACCACUGUGCAGUUUGAAGGACUCAAGUGCAAUGUUGAUUACAAUGUAGACGUGUCUGUCUCCACAGCUAUAGGUCCAUCCGUCCCAACAAAGCUGCACAUUCCCAGAGAGGGAGUCGUGGAGCCGCCCACCAGUGUCCGUGUGCCGUAUAACUCCACGUCAGUGCGGGUGGAGUGGAAGUCAGAUGUCCAGCCUCGACACUGGACUGUACUCUGGUGCCAGGGAAGCAAAGAUUUGUGUUCGGGAGACCUGGACUGGUUGAUUGUGGAUGGCACCCAGAGAUCUGUUGCUGUGCCCUAUGCAAGGUUCCAAGAAGAUGGUAACAUGUUUGCUGUUUCAAUGACAACUGAUGAGGGUGUGAGCAGCCAGCUGAUGUGGAGUUACUGUGUCUAUGAGGAAGCCAAAAUCCCUGAGAAGAAGCCGAGUAUCCAGGCUGUCAACCCCCAACCUGACCUGGGGCUGACUGUGACAUGGGCAUCAGAUGAGUGUCCUGAACAGACCCUCAUCACCCACUACAUCAUUGAGUACUGCUACAAUAACUAUACAGCUUGCAGGAAUAGUACAGUCCCCAGUGAUCAAGAGAAGUUGGUCAUUGCCAACCUGAAGGAGGGAACCAACUACAGCGUGAGACUGAAACCUCUUGCACAGGCUGGGGCUGGGCCCUAUAGUAACCCAGUGUAUGCAGUGCCCCUUUACUCCAAUUUGUCAGCAGGAGAGAUUACUGGCAUUGCUUUUGCUUGUGCCUUCUUCGUUGUCGUCUUCUCGUUCAGCAUGGUCAAAUGUUACCGUUAUGCCAGCAAAAAGUGCAGAGAAAAGGAGAAGAUUAUUCUUCCUUCAGUUCCGGACUUCAUCUCCGCAGACUUAACUGAACAAAUCAGAACAGUCGCAUUCAAGCCACUGCCGGAGGAGAAGUGUGCAGAGAGACAGAAGCAGUUUUUCCUACAGACCAACCUACACACCUAUCGACAGCUGAGUGUGGACAGUGGGCGUGGCAGUCUGACUGGAGAUGAUCAGAGUCCCUCCCCUCUCUCUCCAUCCAGUCAGUUCCAGCCCAAGUUUGAACCUGUGGAUGAGGAGGAGGAAGCUAAGCGAGGCUCUGGGUCAGAGCCCCAGAGUGCCAUCAGCCUCCCCCAGGACUACUCCAAGGUGGCUGACACCAGCGGUAGUGCCGGUGAACCUCCGCCUCUCAUCAUGGACUGCCUUCCCGUGGUGUGUCUUACCGAUCCAAUUAUAGACAAUCCGUGGGACGAUUCUUAUGGGUCUCUGGAUGAGGAGAGUUUCAACAACCAGGGUUACGAUGAGUAUGUCAUAGCAGCUAACAGGGAAGGAGAAGUUGAGAAAGGAAAGGGUGUUAAUCCAGGUUUUGUCCCAGAUGAGGAAGCGGACAAGUCUGAAGCUGAUGAACUUUGUCAGGAAGACAUGUUUGUUGAGAAUGCAAGACAGGGAGAUUGUCUGCAAGGUGUGUCUAACUGGCGUCGGCCAUUAGCAGACAAUGUGAUACAUGAAGGUGGUCAUGGAAUGGCAGCAUUCAGUUUGGACAACUUUUAUGAGGGUUUGAAAGUUCCAACUUUGGAGAACCAAUACCAGUCACUCCCAAGAGGAAACAAGUCAUGUGAAGAUGUCACUGCCCUGAAAACUCAGCCAGAAGUCCCAUAUACGUCUCAACAAGGAGAGAAUCAUUCAUAUGAAGAUGUCAACACACUAAAAACACAACCAGAAAAUCCAUACACCUCUCUACAAGAAUCAAGAAAUCCCCAAAUACCAUCAGACAUUACUGAAAAGAAGAUUUCCAUUCCUGAAGGGAAGGCAUGCAAGGAUGAGAGGAAUAUUCUGGGAGAAGGAGAUGAGGGGCUUGGAUCUUCCAAUGGUUCAUACACUUCGGACACCUCUGAUCACCAGGAUCAACUGACUUGUCUGUGAUUGUCCCGAAGACACCAUCAGUUUAUACAGAAGAUGUCUGGGUCCACCUCUCAUAUCACUUUCACUUGCUUCAAACAAAAUUGCGGCCACCAGUCAAGAUGAUCUGAUCAAUAAUCAAGAUCUAUAUUGUAAUAAAAUCCUGAUAAAAAACAUGAAAAGAUUUGGAAAAUCUGGACGGUAGUUGAUUUCGUAAUGCAAUUUGGAAACAAACCUUUGAUAAAAAGGCUAGUGGGCGCUCUUGCCUCAGGAAGAUGAAGAAGUGGGAGAGGGUGCUGGUUCUGACUUACAGGGGCAACGCUUCUAUCAACAAGUCACAUCAACUUGGCUUUGUCUCUGGACCACGAUUAUCUUCUGCCAUAUUUCAACUUGAAACCAACCUGGGACAUGCGGGGAAUAUCUACAAGCCAAUACCAAAAAUUGGCAGCUCAUCACGUCCGACCAUUUGUUACUCGAGUUUGUUCACACGGGAUACAAGUUGCAAUUUCACCUGCAUCCGGCACUUGUAGGGACCAAGUUGGUGGCAAUAAACUAUUGAAUUGUGUAUUCAUAGCUUUCGGCCAUGGGAGCUGUGUCACUUGUCAGAGGGGUACACAUAGUAUGUGAUCUAGACUACAAGUUGUCAAACUUUCAUUUAUGUUGAAGCCUCGGUGGCUGAGUGGGUUAGAUCGUUGACUUUGUGUGCUGGUGAUAAGGUACUUCACUCUGGCAGUGUGGGAUCGAAAAAAAGGAACUAGAUUCGGUACUUUACUGAGAAAGUGUUAUCCCAAAUAUGACAUUUGUAUCGUCAGGAAAGAAGUCUGUCAUAAUCUAUCCUUAGGUCAUCACCAUGGAGUAGCCAAUCACAGGCCUGGAAUUCGGUGUCACAUAUUUGUUUGAUACCAUUUAACUCAAGUGAGUUUCUCAAUCACAGGAGCUUUAAGAAAUAGGUAUACAUGCUUUGAUAUUCCAAGAUUUUAUAGUGACACGACUAGGACUGCGGCUCGUAACGCAGGUACUCGGGUUGUGUGGGUACUGAGUAGGACCCGGGUACCCGGACCCGUGGUUAGUGACGUGAUGUAUUGUUUAAUGACAAAAAGUUAUCUAGAACUUUAUGAUUACACUACAAGUCACCAUUGUUGGCAUUUCUUUCUGACUAUGCACCCACUUUUCAUGUAGUUGAGUAAAGAUAUACCUUAAGCCAACUUCAGUGUAUGGAUGACCAGAUUGUUUAAUACAUGUAUCUAAAUACAUUUUGCCGGAGCUAUAGUAAAAAUAUAAUGCCAAAUCAGACAUUUUGUACCUAUCUCCUGAGACGAACAGCGGGUACCCGGUAGAGUCGGGCAAUAUAUUCAUAAUCACUGAAGUAUUAUUCAUAAUCAUGAACAUAAACACAUUGUCAUUAACUGCAUAAUAUCACCACAAAGUUAAACCUGAUGUAAUAGCUUCAUGUAGUGCUAUCAUUUAGUAUGUAUUUUUGUAAUGAACUUCAGUAUUUAUCAUAAUUGAUAAUACAACACUUGCAGAAACCACUUUCAGUCUGCCUCAUUGAUUUAUAGAACAUUUGUCUGUUUCUGUAAAAUACCAUGUUUGCCUCAUUUUGAGGUUGCGCCAAAACACCAGGAUGACAUUGUACAAAACAACCUUAGCACUACGACUGUCAUAAGUCUAUGUUAAACUAUGGGAGUUCCGAUCACUUCAGCACUUAAGAUCACUCUGUACAACUGCACUCAGGUUUGUUUGCCCACACGUGUACACUAUGUGAAGCCCAUGUCCCCGGUCCUGGCAUCGUUGCAAUAUUUGCUGAAAGUGAUGUUAAACCUGACGCACUCACCCCGUUAUUGUUUCCUGUCUUGAAAUAUGAAAUACAUUUACGCUGUUUUGGCCGUCAUAUGUUAAAUGUUUUAACAGCUUAUUGCUAGGAAGAUAUACCAACUAUGUCUUGUCAGUGUAUUCAUGUUUGAUCUUUCUUUGAGUGAGUGAGGAGCUGUUUUGUGGUAACAUUGGAGGAGGUUGUGUACCACUUUGGUGAAACCCAACACACAAUCGUCUGCCCACGUAAUUACGGUAAUGACUGUGAUUGAAGCUGGUUGAGCCCCAUUCCUUUCAAUGUCCGUGUUUAUGAUUUGUGGUGACUGGCAGCAGAUAGAUAAAUAAACACAUAAAUUCGGAUGUUGUCAGGUCGCAAAAACAUAUCAUGUUCAUUAAGAAGCUGCAGUCACUGCACCUUGACGGUGUGGAUCGAUGGUCAAACUGUCAGUCACUGGAUUGUCUGGUCAGGAUUACAUACAGGACACUGUCAUUUAGCUGCAAUAAUUCUGUGGUAUCAAACAAUUUUUUUGUCUGUGUGCACAAUGAAUUCAUUUUACACCAGGGUCGUAUUUUUGCCUCGGGACAGACUUUUAUUCGUUGAUUUUAAUAGUGAAAAAUUUGGUUGGUAUGUAUUUAAAAAUACAAUGCGUAGUAUUACAGUAGUAAUCAGCAAAAGUGUUCUCUAGAUCAGUAGGUGAUAAACUUAAAGUAAAUAAUCUUGGCCUGGUUUUUGUCCUUGUAAAUAUUAAGAAUCUGAAAUCUGACAGCAGCAUUUCAUUGUCAGAGCGAUCGCUUCUGUCCGUUGUAUAAAAACCCUGAUUUUUAACAUUUAAAGCCUGUGAAGAUCCAGGGUAGAAUAGGUCUUCAGCAACCCAUGCUUGUCGUAAGAGGCUACUAACGGUAUCGAGUGGUCAGGCUCGCUGACUGUUGAUGCAGUCAUCGUAUUCCAAUUGCAUGGAA